CUUUUUAUAGGUGUGCAGAGCAGCACAGAAGCCACACAAAGUCUCAAGAUGAAAUCCUUAAGAGAGUUGCUCAUUCAGCAGACAGACUCCUGCAGCAGAUCUCUCAGAAAGUCACUUGCCUUGCUGACUGCACUAACCAGGAAGAAAGGCUCACAGCACUAUCUGAAGAGAUGGAGUCCAUUAUGAAGUGUCUGAAAAACAUGAGGGAGUGGUGCUCAGAAAUGAGCUGCCGUGAAGGCCGGGAGGCAGCUGUGACCACCACCUGGAGAUGGGUAUCAAGAUUAUAUCGCUGCGUGCACAAGUUGACAGCACGCAGUAAACAGAGAAUCGCAGAGUGGCUCGAGAUUGCCAACAGUGUGGAGAGAGCCUCAGCUGUUUUGAAGAAGGUGGAGGCAGAGCUUCCUGAUGCAUCUGAGACUAAGGUAUCCACUGAGGAGCUCCAGGAGCUGCUGCAGUCUUGGGAACAGUACCAGGAAAGGCUGGACUGUGAACAUCGAGCCCUGUCUGCUCUGGAACUACGCACAGCCAGGUUGUUGGGUGUCCCCGCCCAUCUGGAGCAGGCUCCACCCCUUCCACUCUGUCAGCGCCUGCAGUUGAUGCAGGGCCAAUAUAGCAGUGUGGGACAGAAGAGCAAGGAGGGUUUUCUUGCAGCCAGGCUGGAGAUGGAUGAGAGAGACAAGAUCCAAGAGGAGCUGCAGGUUAUCCAUGUGUGGCUCGAGGAUGCAGAGAGUCUGCUGUCAAAGAUGGAGCAGAGUAGCAGCACACACAAGCUACAGGAGUUGUAUAGACAACUGUGUGCCCACAAGACUUUAUUGCAACACAUUAUGGAGAACCUUAAAAUGAAAUAUACUGUGGUCCCUGUUGAGAUUGACAGCCAGAUGCAGAAAGUCACUAAAUUACUGCACUACGUGGAAGAAAAGGUGGCAGAGGCAGUGGAGAGGAGUGGUGCUGUCCACAGGCUGGGGACGAAGCUGUCUGAUAUCCAGGUCAGCCUGAGAUCUGUUCAGAACAGAAUGAAGGAGAGAAGCCCCACAGUGACUGAAGCAAAGAUCACACAAAAGCGUGUAUGGGAUGAGCUGGAUGUUUGGCACUCCCGACUGGCAGCUCUCGAAGUGGAGAUGCAGGACUUGGAGAAGCCAGAGGAGGUGCUGAUCCUCACAGAGAAACUGGUGGAGGUGCAACAGCUUCACUCCCAAGUAGCCAAACAGGCAGAACAGAGGACAACUCUACUCAGCAAGAUACACACAUGGCUUCAAGAACAUCAAGAGAUGAUCAAGAGCUCCAGGUGCUGGAUGACUGAGGCUCAGUCAUGGCUUGCUGCUCCCUGCACAUACACCACAGCUAAAUGUCUGAGGAGCCACGUUCAUGCUCUUCAGAUUGUGUUAGGUGAUGCAUCGCAGAUCCGGUCGACACUGCAGAACUUCAUCUCAGUCCUAGAGGAAAUGUCGCAGGUUUGUGAUGUCACCGCACUCCACGACCAACUGCUGGAAGCAGAUCACAGAGUGUCAGAAGUUCAUGGCAGCUUCACAGCCCCCCUGUCUCAGCUGGAGCACGCAGCUGCUGAGAUCGAGGCCAUGGAGAAGGAAGUAUGCAGAAUGGAGAAUGAUGUCGCCGAGAUUAAGACCCUGCUCUCUUCCCCAGAGAUUUUUCCCAGCCCCACAGAGGAUAAUCUCAAAAUUAAGCAGAGGAUCCAAUCAAUGAGACAUACAGUAGUAGAGAUUCAGAAAUGCAAACUAGGCCUUUGUCUCCCCGAGAAGGCUGAGGAGACACUCACUGUGUUUAAUGUGGUGGAACAGCUUCAAACUCUGUUGCUUGACCUGGACAAGAAGGUCCCUGCCCUGUUCAUUCAACAACCAUCCACUCCAAAUCAGGCCAAAGUGGUACCAACACUUCAAAACUCCAUGUCUAGGCAGCAUGGUGAGCUCCCUGUUGAAGAAACUACAGAGAAUAAAGGCAGUGAGGAGCUGAUCAUGGAGGAUGAUGGAGGAAGUGUAUUUUGGUGGCUCUGGGAAUCUUUCCUAGGAGUUUCACCUGAGGAAGCAGAGCUUGUUGUCUCAGAGGAGAAGGAAGCGGUGACUGGCCUAGGUGCUGAUCAGACUGCAGAGGAUGGAAAGGUAACACUAGAACAUUCUUUGUCCUUCUGACUGGUUUCAACAGGAUACAUGCAGUCAUCAAAACUGACCGAUUAUGUUUACAACAUGACUACAAUAAAUAGAGAUGCACCGAGAAUUCAGAGUUCAGCUUGAUCAGUUUAGACCAGUCCACUACUGGACUAUGAAGGCUGAAAAUUUGCUAUGGUUUGAGCUUCUAAUCUCUGUCAUUGUUGACAGACUUUCUGCCCUGUUACAAGUGCCCUUAAGACAUAGGUGAAGAGACAGACUCGGCAGGAAACCCCUUUAAGCUGAUUUGCAAAUACAUGAACUGGUGUUGUUGCUCGAGUGUGUGAUGUUGCCAUUACAGAUAGUUUGUGAAGCCAACUGACUGAACUGUUUAAACUCAUUUUUAUUUCAGAUCGUAUGUAGAUGUCCUUAAAGGGCCA